GCAGGUGCUGACAAACGAUAGCCAUCCGAACUCGCUUCGCUACUACAAACUCUCACAGGUUUUGCCAGGAUUGUAAGAUACUGUAAUGGAUCCAAGCAACCUGGGAUUCAGAGGACAACCAAGAAAGGAAGGGGGCCCACACUUGCCCCUGGGCUGCGCCCGUUCUCUGCAGCCGGCCUCCGAGGAGCCCGUCCUGGGCCACGCCCAUUUUCUGCAACUGACCUCAGAGGAGCCUGUCCUGGGCCGUGGCCGUUCUCUGCAGACGCCUUCCAGGGAGCCCUCCCUGGGCCGUGCCCGUUCUCUGCAGCCCCCUUCCGAGGAGCCCUCCCUGGGCCGUGCCCGUUCUCUGCAGCCCUCCCUGGGCCGCGCUCGUUCUCUGCAGCCCCCCUCCGAGGAGACCAUCCUGGGCCGCGCCCGUUCUCUGCAGCCACCCUCCAAGAAGCCAGCCCUGGGCCGCGCCCAGUCUCUGCAGCCACCUGCCCUGGGCCGCGCCCGUUCUCUGCAGCCCCCUUCCGAGGAGCCCGUCCUGGGCCGCGCCCGUUCUCUGCAGCCCCCUUCCGAGGAGCCCGCCCUGGGCCGCGCCGUUCUCUGCACCCCCUUCCGAAGAGCCCGCCCUGGGCGCGCCCGUUCUCUGCAGCCCCCUUCCGAGGAGCCUGUCCUGUGUCCCGCCCGGUCUCUGCAGCCGCCCUCCAAGGAGCCUGCCCUGGGCCGUGCCCGGUCUCUGCAGCCACCUGCCCUGGGCCACACCCGGUCUCUGCAGCCGCCCUCCGAGGAGCCCGUCUUGGGCCGCGCCCAGUCUCUGCAGCCGCCACAAAAAGAGAACUACUCAAGCCGGGCUGUCUUCCUACAGACACCAUCUGAAGAGGCUGACCGGAGCCAUGUGAUUAUUGGCUCAACCCUGCCCUCAUGUCCCGAAGCACCCAGCAGCCUGGGUCGUGCCCAUCCCCAAUUGUCACCCCUAAAAGAGCCCAGUCUGGGCCGUGCCUGGCCUCAACGAUUUUCUGAAGAAACUGGCCAGGGCCGUUCCAGAGGCUUGGUAUUAUCUGUUCCGGAAACUGCAGCACCUCAAAGUUCUAUAGUAACACCAAGUUCUACUUUAUCAGGAGUCACAGAGGCCCCCACGCCCAAGUUGGAGUCCCCAUGUUCAGUUUCCCCACUGAUGUCCAUGUUCCAAAGUAUUGGGCUUGCCACAGAAGAAAAAUGCAAAUUUGGAGGAGCUGAAUUAACAGAAGCUGGAGGUUCACGGAGCAGAAGUGACCCAGGAAAUAUCUUGGCAGAAGAGCCAGCUCAACCAGCUGAAGUUGCAGGGCAGUAUUCUAAAGAAACCUUAACAGAAAGUGACAGAAAUUGA